GCUAACCCUUCCUUCCCCUUGCAGAGAACGCCAUGGGCCUCGUCGGGUCGGCCAAGCGAGUCCUCCGUGCCCCACGCGAGCCAUGCGCCGAGGGGGGACGCUGCUGCUGCUGUGGUGCUCCUUCUGCUACCUCGUGUUCAGGUUCUCCGGCCAGGACGAGUCGGCGUUCAACCACGCGGGCACGAUGACGGGCCGCCUCCUGCUGCAGAAGAUCGUGGAGACGCGCGCGCCGCCGGUGGCCACCACGGAGGCCAGCUCACCCAACGCCACCACGGAGUUCAACCCCCAUGAGCUCGAGCCCUCCAUCGACAAGUCCCCCUCGCUCUCGGAGAAGGACCUGGCGGCGCAGAUCCAGGGCCUGAUCCCCAACCUGCCCGUGGAGUACUGGCAGAAGUACAAGGGCAAGGUCCUCUCCAAGAACAAGACCUGCGCCAAAUUCCCUUCCCUCUACGACAUCAGCUUCAACAACAUGUACUGGCAGACGCUGCAGACGAGCAACGGCACCUUCCACCUGUACGGCGCCUACUACGACAACCGCACGCUGGUGGCGAUGAAGCCGGUGAUCAGGGUCCUGGGCAUGAUCAACCGCCUGGAGCCGCGCGUCAAGACCUUCUGCCAGCUGUGGUUCGACGGCUACAAGGAGCCCGUGUUCGCCAAGGUGUGGGAGUACAAGUACAUCUGGUACAAGAAGUGGGGCAAUUACAAGAACGGCCUCUUCCAGCCCUACCUGAUCGCAUGCCAGGUCCCGCCAGGCUACAGGCACCUGGUCCCCGAGUCAGUGUCCUUGGUGGAGCGCCCUUGCGACAUGGCCACCACCAACCUCAGGGUCAUCAACAACCGGCCUCCAAACGGCAAGAAGGAGGACUUCGCCGUGUGCGUGAAGGGGCUCGACUUCCUGCAUGACGACCUGAGUGUGCGCCUAGUGGAGUGGCUGGAGAUGCUUUUCCUGCUGGGGGCGCACAAGGUGUUCCUCUACGACCUGGAGGUCCAUCCCAACAUCUCCAAGGUGCUCAACUACUAUGAGGAGCAGGGGCGCGUCGAGGUCACGAAGCUGACCCUGCCUGGCGAGCAGCCCAACAUCCCCGGCCUCAUCCACAUGUACCUCAAGUCGAAGGUCACGAACAAGAGGCAGAACGAACUUAUUCCCUACAACGACUGCCUCUACAAAAAUAUGUACCGCUACAAGUACAUUGCCUUGCUGGACACCGACGAGGUCAUCAUGCCCAAGAGCUCCAUGACGUGGAAGUCCCUGAUGGAGACGGUGGUGCCCAAGGCCCUCAAGACCAAGAAGGACCCCCGCGCGUCCUACAAUGUGCGGAACGUCUACUUCAUGGACACGAUGCGCCACACCCACGGCUGGUUCAGGGAGAUCCCCCACUACAUGCACAUGCUGCAGCACGUGUACCGCUCGCGCAACUACACUAAGCCCGGCCAGUACGUGAAAUGCUUCCACGACCCCGGCCGCGUCCUCACGCUGCACAACCACUUCCCUCUCUCGUGCCUCGGCGGCGGCUGCUCCUCCUACGCCAUCGACACCGAAGACGCGCACCUGCAGCACUACCGAGCCGACUGCGUGACCACCCUGAAGAAGUCCUGCUCCACGGAGUACAAGAACCAUACCAUCCUCGACACCACCAUAUGGAGGUACCGGGAGCCGCUGGUGGGGCGGGUCACGGACACCCUCGUGCGCCUGGGCUUCUUCACCCCUGGCACGGCGUCCAGACCCAACGACCCCCCCGCGUCGGCCGUCAGGAGAAAGUGAUCCCCCGCGCUCUAGUGAGUCGCCGAAGGUGGUGUUGUCCAUGUGCCUUACCUGGUGUGAUCCGCCCGCAGUCAGGGUCAAGCGUUGCCCUUCCGAGUCCCGAUAUCAUCCUCACUGUCAAGUCCUCCUCCCCUCCCUUUGCCACCUCCUUCCUCCCCCUGUGCCUCCGCCGAGGUGGAGGGUGGCAUCGUCCCUGUGGUGAUUCUUGCGACAUAUCUUCAUGCUGUGUGAGUGGGCGUGGCGGCGCGGCAGGACUGUCUGAAGUGUCACGACCUCCCGCAUAUUCGCCAGCGUCGGGCAUAAAUGUCGAGAACGUGGUUUAUUCACCUCUAGUGACGCGUGUGUCUUUUUAUAUAUUAGAAGGGUAUUGGAUAUUUUUAUGAACGGUGAAUGCUUAUGAAUAAUAUAGCCAGAUUCCCAUUUGGAAACUGAAAACAAUAUUAGCUAAAGCACAACUUCAGGUGCCACCAUCAGCUGCUGUAGAGAGAACAGCGUAAAUAUAUCUGCACAAAUUCAUUUCCCAACAGAUUUAUUAUUCAGUGUUUGUGGCUUAGUAUCUUAAAACGUAAAACCAGUAUGAUCCAUAUCUUCUCUCACGAGGGAGGGACAGUCACCGGUGUGGAAUACGAAGACUCAACUGUGAUUUGUAGACUGUACGACCUUACAAAGCAGUAAUGUAAAUAUAGCUUAGGAUUAGCAAAUUUCGCCCUCCAUUGUCACUAGGUCAAGCUCCGGCCACGCGAGGGCCGGCUUCUCUGUGUUGUGCGUCAGUUUCAUCUUUAUUUUAUUUGGGGUUUUCAUAUUUAUCAGUAUUAAGGAAAUUGCAAAAGACAAUAUUAAUAUUGAAAUGUUUUAUUUGUUUGUUGAAUUUUGUUUGUUUUUUGCAGGGUGGGUCGGAGGCGAACAACCGUCUUUGCUUUGAGAUUAAACCUAUUUAUAUUAGGGUCACGCAUAUCAAAACUACAAUAUCAACAAAUGUGAAAUGUUAAAUAAUGAUAGCAAAACAUUUUCAACAUGUCAAUUUUUCAUUCAGUUUGCAGGUGUCCCAUUGCGUGCAAACGACCUCAAGUACUUAAGACCCAAUAAUGUGUGAUAAUGAAUAAACCACAACAUAUCAGUGCUAGGAAGUGAAACCAUAUUUUAAAGUUCUUUCAUUGACAGCAAGGAGAAACUGCCAGAUUUCUCAGCCAAAGCCAUGAUAAACUGAUUACGAAGGCAAGUCCUUAUACAAUUGGACUUCAUCGGGUAAUAAUAGUCGUUGACAUGGUUAUUUGUUUAAGCCGAUUACUUCGCUUUCAUUUCAUUAUUAUAAUUAUUAUUUUAUUCAUAUUUAGUCAUUUUCGUUUUAUUCUAUUUAAACAGUUUUGUAAAACAACGUUGUCUACGGGAAAAUGAAAUGCAUUAGAGCGUCGAUACUAUCGAUGCCUUUAUUAUUUAGAAACUACUAUCAAUCAUUCUUCUUAAGUUAUUCCUCUCUUCAUUUCACAUUUUGUGCCUUUUUCAUUAACCAUUCCGUUCGUGUUAAGUCUGCUUUCAUUCUUCUCGCACGAUAAAAAUGAAAAGAAAGAAAAUUGAAUUGUAUUAAGAUUUUUGUUUCAGGUGUGAGAGGACGACUAGACCUUUAAUUUCUAUUUAAUUUGGUGUUGUUUCGUGGUAAAACAAAUGAUAAUUGCACGUGAAAACAGACCUUAGUUAUAUAAUUGAUGCUUUAAAAAAGAAUGUUGUAUUUUUUCCUCUCCUUUCCUGUAUUUAUAACGUGCCCUGUUUGUUGAUAAAGACAAAUUGGCACCUGUUUGUUUUGCAUAGACUAUUAAGGUUGAACGUGACUUCUCUGUGAAUAGGCAACCAGGGGUAAUUUCUGCCAGGCAACCUUUUUCUCUUGAAUCAUCCAAUCAUAUUCAUUUUGAGUGCCAUUUUCAUUAAUGCCUUCUGUAUAUAUUAAACUUAAGUCCGUUUUUUGUAUCGAACACUUAAUAAAGCUGUAAAAGUUU